AUGUAUUCAAUGAAAUGCCCCGAAAAAUAUUUAAAAAUCGGAAAUUUUUAUUAAUAUUAUUCUGGUUAAAAAAAGGCUCCAUACCUAACCAUAUUUAUAGGAGGCAAUCAUGAAGCCUCAAAUCACAGCCGUGAAUUAUAUUUUGGAGGCUGGGUAGCUCCUAAUAUAUAUUAUAUGGGCUAAAGUAAUAUAAUAAUUCUAAAAAAAGGCUAAAAUUAAAUCCGUUUAGGUGGGAUUUCAGGAUCUCCUCCUUUAUUAUAUUUACUUUAAAAUUUAAAACCAAAUUUUUGGAUUUCAGGACAUCUACAUUGCAAAUUUGCGGCUAUUUUUCCACACCAAAAUAAUGGAGAAUAUACCAAAUUUUUGGCUUUAGAUAAAUGCUUACCUGGUAAAGAUUUCCUUUAAGUUCUUAGUUUUGGAGAUUCUAAUAUAGAUGAUUAAGAAAGCAGCUAAAUUGAAAUGUUUUACGAUUAAGAUUGGUUAGUGACUUUUAAGUAAAUUUUUAAAACAAAAGAACUAAAUCCAAAAAAAGUUGUUCGUGCAAUAAAUGCAGGUUCAACCAUAACAAAAAUGUCGACAUAAGGCUUUGUUUUUUAAAAGGAUCAAGGUUUUGAUGAGGAUACAAAUGCAGUUGAAUAUUCUGGUAGUUCAACAAAUCAAAUAAUAAAAUAUGCAAAAGAAUAAUAUGUAUAUAUGACUGAGAGACAUGGAUAUUAAAGCUUUAAUUAUUAAUUAAAUAUAGAAGAGGAAGGAACAUAUGUAUUAAUUUUAAAGUUUUGUGAAAUGUAUUUUGAUAAGAAAGGAAAAAGAGUUUUUAAUAUAAAAUUUGGAGAUAAAACAGUUAUUUAAAGUUUAGAUAUUUUUGCAAAAGUAGGUAAAUAUGUCGCGCAUGAUGAAUAUGUAGAAUUCAGAUAUAAAAAUUAAAAAAUAUUUUUUAAAAAUUAAAAUUGUAAUAAUGCAUUUAUAGAUGGAAAAUUGCUAAUUACAUUCGAAAAAACAGAUAAAGAUAAUCCUUUUAUCCAUGGUCUUGUAUUAUUUCAAGGAUCUUUAGAUUAAACUGACUUUUAUGAACUCGGUGCCUAUUAAUAAUUAUGGGAAAAAAAGUAUUAAUUGGAAAUGAAAUUAAGAUUAGAAUAAUAAGCUAAACUUAAAGUUUCGAAACUUAAAAAAUAGGAAAAAAUUAUUAUUAGAAAUGAUCAUUAAGAUAUUGAAGAUGAUUAUGAACAAAUUGAUGUUAAAGAGAAAAAAUUUUCAGUUAAAAAAAGUGGAUUUUCAAUAACAUAAUUUUUAAUGACACCUAUAGCCACAUGUUUAGGUUGUAUGUUACAUGAAUAAGAAAUGUAUUUUGAUUGUAACGAAUUAAAUAUAAACGUUGACCAAACCAAACCUAAAGGUCGUUUAACGAAUACUUCAAUAGCUUUUUUAGCCCCUUCUGAAAUAAAUUUUUUUAAAAGCAGUGCCACUAGAAAUGUAUCUGCAAUUCGUUUUUUUUAAAAAAUGGGGUCAAUAUAAACAUAUUAGAUGAAGAAAGAACAUCCCCUCUACAUGUAGCAAGUAGACAUGGGUCAGUUUAAGUAGUCGAAGAACUCCUUAUUAGUGGCGCAGAUUGUGAUAUUACAGAUGUAGCAGGAUGGACUCCUUUACAUGUAGCCGCAUUUUUCUAAAGGGAUCUGA